GUUUGUGUUAAGUUUGAUUUAUUAAAGACCCUUUUGCUUUUGAAUAGCUGUUUGAACUAUUUUCAUCAUCCUCUUCUGAACUGGACUGUGACAGAAUAUCAGACCUCAAAAGUAUGGAGAUUGCCUCCAUAAAUGUAGCCCCAAUGGGGAAUUCUCCCCGGACCUCAGGGGCUACCAUUUUUAUUUUUCAAGACUGCAGAGACAUGGAGGAGUAUGUGGAGAAGUUUUUGAGCAUCUGCUAUCGUGCCACUUGCAGUGAAAUCACGCUCAUGGAAGGAUUCUGGGUUGGACUUGACAAUGAGAGCCGGAUGGUGAUGCCAAGAGGAAACUCCUGCUGGACGCUGACUGAGUAUAUCAACUUUGCACUAUGGGUGGAAGGAUCUUUUACGGUGGGCGAAGUAGAAGAGGAUUCCGCCACCAGUGUCCAACCCCACUUACCAUCUAUCACCACCCCAAAGCCAGACCCAGCUCCCACACCCACUGUGGAGAUGGAGCCAGAGCCAACCGCAAACCGAGAGACCCAGCCUAUGCCCGCUACGGAGCCUGAGCCAGCAGCCUCGUCCAUUGGGGAAGAGAAGCCUGAGGUCCCGGCUGACCAGAGCCAGCCAUUCCUUCGACCCUGCCUCCGCUGGCUCCCUUCAGCCCGACAGUUCAUCCAGAGGCUCCACCUUACAUCCUGGAUCCACCUUGGACUUCUGGGCUGUCUGCUGUGCUCCAGCCCUCCACCCCUAUGGCUCUGUUCGGCUUCUCCAUCCCUCAGGCUUCACCGGGGUACUUGCUCACACCUGUGUCACCUCAGAACGUGCAUUGGCCUCCAGGCUCCUCCUCGGCUGCUCAUGACCAGAACUCCACCUUGGUCUUCGGGUCCAUCGACGUUGCGAGGUAUCUCGGUGCAUCGGUGCAUCGGACUUCGCCUGAGAUUCACCAUCUCCCUGCGUCACCUCAGGCGGUCAGGCUCAAGUUUCAACCUUUGCUCCUCCCUCCAUCAGUUCCGCCAUGGGUCAUCCUCAUCUUGGUUGCCUCCUGCAGUGCUCUGA